AUGAGUUGUACUACUAUCACAACAAUGAGCCAAGAGAGUGAAGAGAUGCAGAGAAAACAAUUUGUGGCGAAACAAAAAAUCACUCGAGCCAAGUCAUUUAGUUUGGCUACAACUACAAAACACCGUGUAAAAGCGAUGAAUAAUGAAAAAGCACACAGGUGAGUAAGUCAAAAAAGGUGUGUCUUGAACUAACUUCUCAUUUAUACUUUGUGAAGUUUUUUUGAAAUGUUUUUGGACAAGCUACGAUUUCAUGAUUAUUUUUCAGAUUUGAAUUAGAAUGUCGAAGGACUGGAAAAUGUCGAGAAGUUGUGGCUGAUGUUCAACAUUCGAGUAUGCCUUUGCAUAUGGAACAAGAAGCUUGUUCUUUAGCAGCAAAAGCAAUUACGGUAGGUUCCAGACAAAUCUGAGAAUCAAAAAUUUUCGUUCAUUCAAUUAGUUUUUUUAUUCAAAUAUUAUGUACCUAACUUAAACCAGAUUAUGUUUUUUUCCAAAAAUGAUUCCAAAAUAUUGCAGACAUAUCAUUUGGAGCAUGACAUUGCUCGUCAUCUAAAAACCACUUUCGAUAAACAACACGGACCAGAUUGGCAUUGUAUUUGUGGAAAACAUUUUGGAUCUUUUGUCACUUUUGAGCCACAAAAGUAAGUUCAGCGCUCAUAUAUUUUCUCAAAAUUUCCAAUUUCAAGUUGUUAUUUCAGUUUCAUAUAUUUUCGUAUCGGGACAAUUGCAUUUAUGCUUUUCAAAACGACACUUCAAAAUUUGCCGAUUGCUGAAGAAAAUUUGAAAAAUCAUGAGCCAAUUACUCCGCUGACAAUUAUUGGAAAAUCAAAAUUCUGA